AUGUCUUCCUACAGGAGGGGAAAACUUCAGGUUCUUGACCUGCGGAAGAAGCACCAUGAAUUCUGGAGCAUAUGGGCUGAUGCAGAAGAUGGUGACUGCUUAGCAGAGACCCCAGAUGAGCAGCAAGUAGUGAAGGUCCUUCCCAGAUAUGCACUGAGGCAGCGCCUGAAGGUGGUAGCUGACCUUUGGCUUAUGUAUGGUUUGAAUGAAAAGCAAGCAUGCUUCUUGCAGUGGGCCCACCAGAGAAAGGGCUCCAUACAGUUCUGCUGUAUGGAGAUGAAGAUCUGGGCUCUGCCUGUCUUUGUUACUGGGGAGGUCUUGAAUGUCUUCCAUCUGGAGUACAUCGAGGAAUUGGAACUGAACAUGCUCAUUUGGGAUUUGUUAAAGCUGUUACAACUUGCUCCCUACCUAGGCCAGAUGAGAAAUCUUCGCAAACUCUUCCUGGCCUACAUCUUCAAGAUUGUGUUCAUGAUUGGCAACAGAACAACAGACAGAGAAGAGAAGUGUGUCAGGAAUUUCAUUUCUCAGUUCUCCAAACUCAACUGUUUCCAGCACCUCUCCAUGAAUGGCAUGUACUUUCUUAGAGACCGCCUGAAACAGGUUCUUGGGUGCCUUAUGACUCCAUUGGAGACCCUAUCCAUCCCCUACUGCAGCAUUUCACAGUCAGACCUGAAUUACUUCUCUGGGUGUCCGAAGCUUUUUCAGCUGAAACAUCUGGACAUGAAAGGUGUGCGCUUAAAGACUUUGGAUCUUAUGCCUCUCCGAGUCCUCCUAGAGAAUGUGGCAGACACUUUGCAGUCCCUGGACUUGAAGGGUUGUAGGAUGAGGGACUCUCAUCUCACUGUGCUCAUACCUGCCCUCAGCAAGUGCUCCCAGCUGGCCAAUGUCAGUUUCUAUGACAAUGACUUCUCCAUGCACAACCUGAGGAACCUUUUGCAGCACACAGCCAACUGGAGCAAGAUGAAUGUGGAACAGUACCCUGCCCCUCUCGAGUGCUAUGAUGAGUUGGGUUAUAUCUCCACAGAGAGAUUUACCCAACUUUGUGCUGAGCAAGUAGAUAGACUCAGGGCCAUAAGACAGCCCAAAUACAUCUUUGCUACAAAUAUGUGCCCUAGAUGUGAAGAGCGUUGUGUCUAUGGCCAGGAAUUCAGACUCUGUCGUUGCCAGCAGAGGUGA